AUGGAGAAGUCCAGCACUCAUCACGAUGAGAUUGGAAAUGUUGAACGCGGCCUGGGUCUGCAGGCUGAGCUGGAUACAGACAAGCAGAUCCAGGGUCGCGCAAUACAACAACAAGAACACAAUCGAGGAUACCUGGAGACUAUCCGAAAAGAUCCCCGUCUUCUUUUCUGGAUCGGAGUCAUGCUCUGGACCUUGAUUGUUCGAGGCUUUGAGAAUCAAUCCUCUGGCUCCGUUAUCAGCAUUCCAGACUUCAAGAAGAGAUUCGGCACUCUUCAGGACGGGCAGUACUUUAUUGACACCAAGUGGCAAUCUGCCCUCAGCGGGGGUCCAAUGCAGCUGCUAUUCUGGGCUCAUAAGAUCGGUGCCAAACCAGUCAUCCUCGCCUCAGCUGUCAUCAAUAUAGUAUCAGUCGGCAUCGAGUUCUCGACGACCUCGAUCGGCAUGUUCUUCGGUGGUAAAAUGCUGAAUUUCAUCGCUAUCGGGGCGUUUCUCAAUAUCUGUACGGCAUACGUUGCGGAUAUUUCCCCACUCGCCAUUCGGGCUUCUGUCAUCGGCUUCUGCAACCUCUCUCAAUGUAUUGGACCAUUUGUCUCCGCUAUCAUGUCGUACUAUACAUCCUCUUGGGAUAGCGCUUGGGCAUGGAAGUCUCUAAUCUGUGCUCAAUGGGGCUUUGCUGGUGUCGCAUUGAUUGGGCAGAUCUUCAUGCCUGAGUCGCCAGUUUACCUAGUCCGAAAGGGCAAGCUCUCUGAAGCACGAAGCACAUUGCAGAGAUUAUACUCGGACCCGAAGGAUGCGGAGGGCCACCUAGAGCGAAUCAAAUUGACAUUGGAGGAGGCUGAGGUACAAAUGUCUGCUUCAUAUGCUGAAUGCUUCCGUGGAACCAACCUUCGUCGUACUAUGAUCGCUACUCUGGUCUUCCUAGCUGAGCCUAUGUCUGGACUUGGCUUCGUUUCCAAUUACGGCGCCCUUAUGUACCAGUAUCUUGGAAUCAGUGACCGUCAAUCGUUCUUGAUCCAAAUUGGGGCCCAGAUUCUCUCAAUUUCCGGAGCUACCAUCUCUUUUCUUAUUUGUGAUAUGUUUGGUCGACGCCCCAUGUUCCUUGGUGGAUGUAUUGGUCUUACUCUGCUAUUGUUGUGUAUGGGUAUUGCUGGCUCGGUCAACACAUCUGCAGCUACUCUGGCAGCAGUCGGCUUCUAUACGAUGUACAACUUCUUUUACAAUGCUGGAGUUGGGUCCAACGUCUACACCAUUGCUGGCGAGGUGCCUACGUCGGUCCUGAGAACCAAGACUCUCGCUAUCGCUCUCUCCAUCUCCGCUGCCGUUAACACAAUGUGGUCUUUUGUCGCUCCUUACAUAUUUAACCCGGGGUAUGGGGACCUCAAGGCUAAAAUCGGCUUUGUGUUUGGUGCUUUUAUGCUCAUUUUUGCUGUGCUCGCGUUCUUCUUCGUUCCUGAGACCCGACGCCGAACAUAUGAGGAACUUGAUGAGCUGUUCAUGAAUCGCGUCCCGACUCGUGAAUUCCGUCGCUAUGUGACUGUCGCAGAACGACGGGCGGCAGAGGCGUAUAGUGCCAAGGAGAAGAUGGCUGUUAUUGAGGAGUGA